CACAGUUAGCGCUGGUGAUUGGCUGGUAGGACUGUACAUCAUUGUUUGUAUUGGCUGGGCUGCAGGAAUACAGGCUGGUGGUACCAUUAGUGACAGAAGCUGGCUGCAAGUGGGACCUGGGUAAAUACCUGUGACAGCCCCUCCACUAAUACUAUAUUAUUAUUAUUAUUUUAUUUAUAAAUCACCAACAAAUUAUAACAGCAUUUACUGCAUAUUAUAACAAGUAUCUAUUGCCUGAUAGGAAAUAGUCUCCUAGUACCAUCCACAUCUGAAGAAUGAACCUAUACUAUAUUAUAUUAGCUAUAUCACAUGAUCCCUGUAAUACUUUAUACUAUAUUAUAUUAGCUAUAUCACAUGAUCCCUGUAAUACUUUAUACUAUAUUAUAUUAGCUAUAUCACAUGAUCCCUGUAAUACUUUAUACUAUAUUAUAUUAGCUAUAUCACAUGAUCCCUGUAAUACUUUAUACUAUAUUAUAUUAGCUAUAUCACAUAAUCCCUGUAAUACUUUAUACUAUAUUAUAUUAGCUAUAUCACAUAAUCCCUGUAAUACUUUAUACUAUAUUAUAUUAGCUAUAUCACAUAAUCCCUGUAAUACUUUAUACUAUAUUAUAUUCUAUUAGCUAUAUCACAUGAUAGCUGUAAUACUUUAUACUAUAUUCUAUUAGCUAUAUCACAUGAUACCUGUAAUACUUUAUACUAUAUUAUAUUCUUUUAGCUAUAUCACAUGAUACCUAUAAUACUUUAUACUAUAUUAUAUUCUUUUAGCUAUAUCAUAUACCUGUAAUACUUUAUACUAUAUUAUAUUCUAAUAGCUAUAUCCCAUGAUACCUGUAAUACUUUAUACUAUAUUAUAUUAGCUAUAUCACAUGAUACCUGAAAUACUUUAUACUAUAUUAUAUUAGCUAUAUCACAUGAUACCUGUAAUACUUUAUACUAUAUAUUCUAUUAGCUAUCUCACAUGAUACCUGUAAUACAUUAUACUAUAUUCUAUUAGCUAUAUCACAUGAUACCUGUAAUACUUCAUACUAUAUUCUAUUAGCUAUAUCACAUGAUACCUGAAAUACUUUAUACUAUAUUCUAUUAGCUAUAUCACAUGAUACCUGUAAUACUUUAUACUAUAUUAUAUUCUAUUAGCUAUAUCACAUGAUACCUGUAAUACUUUAUACUAUAUUAUAUUCUUUUAGCUAUAUCACAUGAAACCUGUCUUCUUAUAUUUAUGGGAGGUUAUGUAGAAAGUGUAACUCUGGGGCAACAUUCUAAAACUGGAGCAAUCGGCAGGGACAUUCCAUUGGUUUUAGAACAUUGCCUCAGUUAUUCUUUAUGCAUAACCCCACAAAGUGUCUAUCUUGAAUUGGAUUUCACAUUAUUACUGUAUAUGAGGUCCACUUUAAUAAUGCUGAUAUGUAUUAAACCAGUGAUGAAUGUAAUCAGGGCCAGACUGGGACAAAGAUUAAUCCCAGGUCAUUUUAAGGUAGAGCAGCCUAAUAAGAGGAGGUGCGUUGUGUCAUCACUGGCAUGCGCACACCCCAAAGUGAACAUGAGCAGAGAGAUCACAGAGAUUAACGGUUGGCUUUCAAACACUAUAUGACCUACGUGUAUGUAUGUGACUAAAGGGUCAUGACAUACACCUAAGGUAGAGAUGAGUUUACUUCAUUUCUUUAUGUAUAUUUCAUUUUUUUUUUUUUUUUUUUUUAAUUACCACUCUCUCUGUGACUUUCAUGAUGACUAAGCUGCUUCUGUCUCCUAUGGCCACUGUAAUUCCACCCUUUGGUCCUGUGAGCCAAUGAUGGUUCCUGAAUAAAGGGGCCCUUAACAUGCCUCCACUCCUAGGUAGCUUACUAUGCUUCCCAAAAGGCAACUCAAUGGGAGUUAUAAUUAUACUGAGCUUUAAUGCUGUUGGAACUCACUGACAUGUCCUAGCGUUUUGGUGUGAGGAGGUUUAAAUUCCUGCUCACACCAGGGAGUCCCAGGUAUCACUUGAUACAUGGAGCUCCCCUCAACUGUGUGUCCCUGGGACUGCGAUCUGACUCACUAAAGUGCACCAGACCGUGAGUGAGCAAUCAAGGAGAUCUGUACCCACGGGAGUUACAGAUCUCACACUAUUUGCCCUGGCACUGUUCUCCUAAUAGCAGCACUGCUAUUUGCCCACGGCAGAGAUAAAUGCCCAAAUAAAUGCAUGUCCCAAGCAUUGGGUAAAACAAAUUCCACAUCCCUGAAUCUGAUUAGAGGGGGCCUGUGGCAAAAAAGUAAGAGUUGUUUCACUUUUCCUCAGGAGGUGGUGCCAUGGGACUCCUGGCACCAUAACCACUUCAACGUGCUCUUGUGAUGCCUAGACUGAUCCUUCUAGUGCUAAAAAUUCUCUUAACAUAUUUUCUUAUUUGUUAAGCAGUCAUUUUUUACUUUAUGUUUUAGAUAACUUAUUAUCCAUAUUUGUGUUUUUUUUGUUAUCAGUGUAUUAACAGCAAAAUUUAUUAUUUUAUUGUACUUUUUUUUGUACAUACAGUUCUAUUAUCUGUGUUUACAGCAAUCUCACAAUGACAAUAGACAGAGAGAUAUUUGUGUCUGCUCCUGGAAAGGUCAUACUGCACGGAGAACAUGCUGUGGUACAUGGGAAGGUAUGCUAUAACCAUCCAUGGCUUUGAAUAUGUAUAUGCAAUCAGGGCCGGUGCAAGGAUUUUUGCCGCCCUAGGCGAAAAAACUUUUGCUGCCCCAUUCGUUCGAUCCACUCACACAGACUUGCCUACACUAACCCAUAGACACACACGCUGACCUAUACACACACAGAGACCCACACACACAAACAGACAUACAUACAUACAUACACACACACACACUUACUCAUAAACACACACGCUGACCCAUGGAGACACACCACACAUGCUGACCCAUGCAGACAUACACAGACAGAUAUAUACACACACACACACUGACCCAUACACACAAAAGAAUAAUAUGGAUUUAAUGCAGAUUUCGACCUUUUACAUUUUUUAUGACAUUCCAUAUGAUUAUCAUUUUUUAUGUUUUUACUUCAUAUUUUCACACUUUCUUAUAUUUCAUCCUCAUCAUUUUAUAGUAAAUAUAUUAGACUAUCUUAAUGUGGGUCACUGUUUAUAAUCACUUCUUAUGUUGGCUAAAUUGUAUUUAUGUUUUAUUGUAAUCACUACUAUUAUAAUGUCUGACACGCUGUCUUGGGAACCUUCUGUUGUUGUCCUAGGUUUGCCCUGAUCGCAGUUGUUUUUACAGCAUUGUGAUCUAUAGCACCCCAACCACAACAGCUUUGUCUCAGAUAUUUUUAUUACAUUAAGAUACCCUAGCCAUUGCUCAUUUAUAUUGCCGACAUCGCAUACAACGAACAUGAGUCACUUGUCCCAGCUUUAAAAGCCACGAUUAUACCAAAUACACCUCGCUUUUAUAAUAUAACGAUAUUUUCUUACUCUCUAUUAAAUGAAGAAUCAUAAUAAAUAUAUAUAUUUUAUUUCCACAUUUGUACUUUACAACGAGUGAUUGUAUUUCAUUGGAGAACAGCCUAUGAUUGAUUUUUGGCGCCAAUUUUAAAUCCCCAUAUCCCUAUUUAAACCCUAUGUAGCCAGGCUGCAUGAUAUUUGCUCCAGUUGAGAAAGCCACAACGGCGAAACGUGUUAUUGGACGUUUUUACUUUGUAUUGCGAUAAAGAAAUCCUUUUUGGACAUACAUCUAGGUUUGUGAUAAUUUCCUUUAUAUUAUUUUCUUUUAUAUUUUAUUAUUUGGCCUUUUUUAUAACCAUUCUCAAGAAAUCCAAAGUGGGGAUCAUACCACCAGAGCCGAUACCACAGAGCAGUCAGCCUGCUCUAUGCUAUGUGAGUAUAUUAUAUAUAUCUUUUUAAACUUGGUUUUAUCUUAUUGAGAGCCCUAUUUUUUUGCCUUCCUACCUUUGUCAUUUGCGUUCCAAGUAACCCAAAGAUUGAGGAUAUCAACACUAUAUCCCGAAGUGGGGAUUGUACCACUACAAGCACUAGACGUUAGAGCUGGCCAUAGCUCUGCUGAAUGUGAGUGCAUUAUUAUUAUUCCACUAUAAUCCCUUUAUAUGAGACAUAUUGCACUAUUUGGUCCUCUCCCCUCUUCUUCUCUCCAUUUUAUAUGACCAAAUAUUGGAGAGACUGACUACAAGUACCAUUCCCAAGAUUCUGUAAUCCACCCCUGCCACUGAAUAUACCAUAAAAACACCAUUUGGUGUGAAACUAAAUUUUCUUUAUAACAGUGACUAUAUCCUGCUAUUCCCUGUGGCACAGCCCCUAUUUUUCUUUUGUACAUUUCUGUUUUCUGUUUAAAGGGUGAGAGGGAUCCCCUUUAUUGUGGUUGCUGCUUACCCACUGACAUAUUAGUGCUGAUCUUUCUUUUGUAUAUUGUUACCCUUCAAAUAAGGUUUUUUAGCCCCCAGAGGAAUGGGUGGUAUCACUGUACUCAGGAGAUGUUGCUGAAAACAUAUUGGGGUGUUCUUUGGCAAAAACCCUUAAAGUUCUCAGUACAUGUAUUCUUAAAUUGCUAUGUGUGUCAAAAAAAAUCACCAAAUGUUUAUUUUAUUUUAAUAAAUUUGGCAUAGAUUGGUGGUAAAAUGGUUGCAUGAAAAGAUUCAAAAUAUCCCAGGUUUAAUACCUUAGGUUGUCUUCUUUAAAAAAAUAUAUACAUGUGAAGGGUUAUUCACGGAUUCCUGACAGAUAUCAGUGUUACAAUGUGACGUGUUAAUUUUCAAAAACAAAAUGGUUUGGAAAUAGCAAAGUGCUACUUGUACUUAUAGCCCUAUAACUUGCAAAAAAAAGCUAAGAGCAUGUUAAUAUUGGGUAUUUCUAAACUCAGGACAAAAUUUAGAAACUAUUUAGCACGGGUGUCUGUUGGCGGUUGUAAAUGCAUAACAGAUUUUGGGGUUUAAAGUUAGAAAAAGUGUGGUUAUUUUUUUCAUUUUUCAUCAUAUUUUAAAAAACAAAUUGUAGUAAAUUAUAUGAUAUGAGGAAAAUAAUGGUAUCUUUAGAAAGCCCAUUUAAUGAUGGGGAAAAUGGUAUAUAAUAUGUGUGGGUACAGUAAAUGAGUAAGAGGAAAAUUACAGCUAAACACAAACACCGCAGAAAUUUAAAACAGCCCUGGUCCCAAACGGUAAGAAAACUGAAAAGCGGUCUCUUCACUAAAUGGCUAAAAAGGCUUACAUAAGCUGCUUGCUUAUCUUAGCUGCUGCCUUUGCAAGCCCUCCCCUUCUAACCCUAUCCAGACUUUCUGUAGCUGUCCAAUCACAGACUUCCCAAUGCAGCUCAAUGGAAAGACUUUGCAAGGCAGAUGCUUUGGGCAAUUUCCUGCUUCACUAGUUUAGUUCCACUGAGCUAAACAACCAGAAAGUAACAGGACCUGUUUUCUGCUUGAAAGCCAAGGGUGUGUAACAAGGUUAAUUUAUAGGGGGUGUAACAAGGUUCAUUUAGAAACUUUCCAAUUUCUAGUGAAAUCUGCAGUUUUUGUAAAAUGAAAAAAGGGGCCACAGUCCACACAUAAAGUCUUUUAGCAAAGCUCACAAAAGGUUAUCUUUUUUUUUUUUUUAACACCUGAUUAAGGCAAAUAAUGGACAUUUUGUUUGCUGUGUGCAGCUCACUAAACACAUUUCCCAUUCAAUAAAAAUGGGUUGUGGUGGUGGGGAAUAUAUAUUCAGUUUUUGCAUCUAUCCCUUAUUAUUUCUGAUUUGUAAAUCACUGUUAUUGUGUUAUGAUGCUUAACCUUUCAUAGCUUGUAGGCAUCUCAUGGGCACAACUCAUACAUUUAUUUCUGCUUGGUCACAUGGCAAGGUUGUCCAGAAAGAGCCUUGGUUGCUAAAGAAGUCUAUUAACUUGUUCUAUAUGUAUACAGGUUGCUUUGGCAGUGAGUCUGAAUUUAAGAACAUUCCUGAGGAUGCGGCCUUGCAGUAAUGAUACAGUUUUAAUAAAUCUACCAAAUAUUAAUACCAAGAGAAGCUGGGGUAUAUCUGACCUUCAGUCUCUGCUUCCUGCUUUCCAAUGUAAGUCUGGGUGAGUUUAUUUUUUUCAGAAUUCCAUAGCAUCAUAUUGCUGCAAUGUCACAUACUGUUUCUUGACUCAUGUCCUCAUUUAUUGUAUGUGUCUGUAGUGGAUUCAGCACACGAACCUACAAGCCCCAGCCCAGAGAGUCUACACAUUUUAAAGACGUUUGCAGGUUUUGCUGAGGGAUCCACUGACACAGAAAGUCUUGCUGUAUUGGCCUUUCUUUACCUUUACUUAUGUAUCUGUGGCAAGUAAGUUUUGCACAAUUCGGGUUUAAAUAAUCCAUAUAUAGUUCUAAAAUGGAGUAUCAGCUAAGAAAACUUGUGCAAAUGAACAUACAGCAUCAAGUGUCAAUAGAAUACUUUUUAUAUUGUUUGUCGAUUUAUAUCUUUCUGCCAAUGUAUCUGUAUAUAAAGUAAAUCAGUAAUUUUGCUCUUGCUUUAACGCUGCAGGAUAUCAGAUAACUGUGGUAUUCCAUUUUUGGAAAGAAACAAUAAUUUAGUUUCUAGAAAUUUGCCUGUAAGAUUGCCAUAUUUAUAUCUGACCCCAAAUUAAGACAUUAAUUAAACAUAAUAUUGCACUCAAGAGGACAAAUAAAAACCUACAGCUGGUAGUUCUGAUUUCCUUGGAAUCCUUUGAGCGCACACCUUACAGAAAUUGGCAAGCUGCAGAUGAAUUUCAUUUCAUGCCCAUAGUGGUUCAUUAAGUUGUGCUGGGUGGACCCAAAAGGAGUAGACUCUAGAAUUAACUCCUUGUGUUCCCACAAAACACAUUUUGAAGAAAGUCAGAGAUAAGCUAGAAAACGCAUUGACUGAUAUAGAUAGCUAUACUUUGGGAAAACGUACCCCCAUGAUGGAAGGUUCCCCCAUAUCAGGGCAGAUCAUAUUUUUUAUUUUAUUUUUAAAAUUCUAAAAAUAGUUACAGUAUAUACUCGAGUAUAAGUCUAGUUUUUCAGCACAUUUUUUGUGCUUAAAAACCCCCACUCGACUUAUACUCGAGUCACUGUCUGUAUUAUGGCAACUUAGAGAGCCGCGGCCGUCAGAGCCAUGGCAACGAUCCGCGCGGCAACCAGACCGCGAGACUUACAGUGGAGCUGACCGGAACGGAGGAGAAGGGAGCUGACAGGAGCUGCAGGAAAGGUAAGUAAAUGCUUCCUGCCGGCCCCCCCACUUCACAGCCCAUGCCACUGGACCACCAGGGAUUAAGAUAGCCCCCCUCCCUGACCAGUUAACAAGCAGGGAGGGGGGACAAAAAAAAAUUAAAAUAAUAAAAAAAUAAUAAUAAAAAAAAAAAAAUUAAAAUAAUAAAAAUGCCCUCCCCCCACCCAGUUCACACACACUACACAAACACACACAUUAUAUACACACUCUGCAUUAUAUACACAGAGUGUGUGUAUAUAAUGCAGAGUGUGUGUUUGUAUGAGUGUGUGUAUAUAAUGCAGAGUGUGUGUUUGUAUGAGUGUGUGUGUAUAUAAUGCAGAGUGUGUGUUUGUAUGAGUGUGUGUGUAUAUAAUUAUAAAAAUCACAGAAUUUCAUAGCCCCAAGUUUUACCCUCGACUUAUCCACGAGGCAUAGCAUAUUUCACAAUUGUUGGUCACAAAACUGCACUCGACUUAUACAUGAGAUCGACUUAUACACGAGUAUAUACGGUAUACUUUUAAAAAAUUUUUUAUAUAUAUAUUGUGGUAGCUGUUUAUGCGCAUGAUGACUACUCUUAUGAUGUUACUCUGCAUUUGUUUUCCUAGAGAUUCACCAUGUAUAGAAAUGACUGUGUGGUCCCAGUUGCCCACAGGAGCAGGGCUAGGAUCCAGUGCUGCAUAUUCUGUAUGUGUCGCAGCUUCCCUGUUAACGUUUUGUGGGAGAAUAGCUGACCCGGGAAAUGAAAGCACCGAAGCAUCGAGGUAAAACUUUGUCUGAUAUUGUAUGUGAAAUUAACUAGCUCUCUAGUAAAUUGGAUUGUUCUGUUUUUUGUUUGGUCUUUAUUUUUAUUCUUUUAUAUUUUUUCUAUGUCUUUAACUCAUGUGUCUCUUAAAUCCUUUGCCACUGUCUUCAUUUCUCACACUUGUAAAGUGUUAAAUGGAGCAAAGCGUUUUUUUAGCCCCAAACAAAGGUGCAUUGGACCUAUUUGUAUUACACAUAUCUUUCAAUUAUUGGGUGUCACAUGGGUAAUGUGACACUAUCAGCUUUGGCAGAUUUCUCCUUUCAAGUAGACUGGAUAAUGUAGGGACUCUAGUGAGCUAUCUACUGGUCUUCCAAGGUACGUAAGAUAGCCUUGCCAGUUGCUUAAUAGUGAUUUCCAGACUGGUUCAGCCAUUUAUUACAAAAGUCAGAAUAGAGAUAUCUUUAUAGUAUUUUGUUGAGUUUUUUUAUGGAUUCCAGUUAGGUGUGGAACGGAGUUCCAAGGUAAGCUUUUCAAUAGCGGCUGAAGUGAUUUCCUACCAGUUAUAUAUUAAUGGCAGAUUUAGUGUAAUGCACUUUUUUGUGCACCUGGUGCAAAGUGAAAGACCCCUUACUCAGUCACUCUGUUUAUUUCAUACAAUAGCAGGAGCAGCUAGAUUGGAUUUCUAUCUAUGUAUGCUUUGAACGGUUAACAUCUCCAGGGCUCUUUUUACAUCUAAAAAGUGUAACUUGGCUUCUUUUGGAGAAGAUGGUUUUUGACACAGGGUGGGAAAAAUGAUGGGUUGAUUAAAGGGACACUAUAGGAACCUCGAUCACUUCAGCUCAUUGAAGUGGUCUAGGUGCAGUGCCACAGAUCCCUUAACCUAGCAAAGGUAUUAUUGCAGUUUUUAAUAAACUGCAAUAAUUGCCUUUUGAGGGUUGACUUCUGGGUUAUUAGGCAACAUUUGGCUCACUUCACUGCUGGAAAACACAAUGUGAGAAUUCCCAGUGUGCUCAUUGCCUGUCUGAUAGAGCAGACUGAACUGGUUUGUAGAGCGGUAACCUCUUUUCUGAUCUUUCUUCUAAUGGGGAUGCUUGAGGGAAAGAGAUAUGGAGUCUACUUCUACGCCUAAAUGCAUGAUUCUUGUUUAGGGAAUAAGAUGUGAUUUGGCCCAGCUUUCGAAAUCUUGUAAAUUUAAAAUUAGUUUGAAAUGCUUUGAAAUAAAGGUUUUAUUUUUUUCUGAGUUUUUCCAUUCCUUAUUGAUAAGACUCAAGAAUUUGGAUAUACUGAGAGCCUUUACCUUUUUUUCUGCAGUGUCUCCUUUCUCCACCAUCCUUUACUAGAUCUGACCUUUACAGAUGUAGAAUAUUUGAAUUUAAUUGCUGUUUCCUUAAAUGUCUUGAAGGUUUGGGAGAGAUUUCCCUUGAACCAGUUGAGAAAUGUAUGCAUCUCCUUUUGUUUAGCCUUCUCUAAGGCUCCUGCUGAGAACCGUUACAUAUAUGUCAAUUGCAAUAAAAAAGAGACUGCUCUGUAAUUUUUGCGGGGCUCCCCAAUUGCUGCAUUUCUGUUCCCCUGGGAACUAUCUGGGCAGUCCCCCAAGUAACAGCCAGUGCACUUCACCAGAAAAAACAUCUGAAGAGGCUCCUAUUUGUCCCACAUACAGGACAAGAUACAACUGGGCUGUGGUUCUGCUAACUGAUGUUAUUUAAUGUAUGAUUUUAUAUUUAAAAAAUGUUUUUUGGACUGUAUGGUCUAUUUAACUCAAAGUUUACAAUUCAAUUAUUAUGAUUUAAUUCCAACUCACUCCCUCAUUUGUAUAUAUUUGUUCAAACUGAGUUAGGGUUAUGCCCUUUUUGCAUAGGGACCCUUAAAUGGACACUAUAAUCACCCAGACCACUUCAGCUCAAUGAAGUGGUCUGGGUGUCAGGUCCCUCAGGUUUUAACCCUUCAGAUGCAAACACAGCAGUUUCAGAGAAACUGCUAUGUUUAGAUUUGGGGUUAAUCCAGCCACUAGUGGCUGUCUUCCGGACAGCCACUAGAGGCGUAUCUGCGACGCUGGAUGUGAAUUUAGUAUCCAUUGCGCAGAGCGUCCAUAGGAAAGCAUUGAGAAAUGCUUUCCUAUGGACUCUUUAAAUGCACGCGUGGCACUUGCCACCCAUGCGCAUUCCGCUUCACUAGGGAGAUGACAUCGGACGGGGUGGAGAGGUCUCCAGCGCCGAGGGAGCCCGGCGCUGGAAUAAGGUAAGCUUCUGAAGGGGUUUUAACACCUUCAGCGCCACAGGAGGGGGACCCUGAGGGUGGGGGCACCCUUAGGGCACUAUAGUGUCAGGAAAACCGCUUUGUUUUCCUGACACUAUAGUGAUCCUUUAAAGUAUGACCUGUUAUAAUGUGGUAACGUGUUGAAUGGAAUAGUGUAGUGUCAUCAAUGUUUAGCUCCAAUCCUUGAUAUACAAUAUUUGAAUCCUGUUAGGGCCUCUCAUGCACACAGACUCGUUUUCCUGGCACUGUAGGGUUAUAAGGCCCCUCCCUUAAAACCCCUUCAGCGACUUACCUUUAUCCAGCGCCAAGCUCCCUCAGCGCUCUUAACCUCUCCUCCCCCUGCCAAUGUCAGCUCUGCAUGCGCAGCCAGACUCGCACGCGUAUUCAACCCACCCAUAGGAAAGCAUUACUCAAUACUUUCCUAUGGACGUCAGCGUCAUCUAAGUGUGAUUUUCACACUGAGAAUUGCGUAAGCAGCCUCUACUGGCUGUCAGGCAGACAGCUACUAGAGGCUGAAUUAAUCCUCAGUGAAACUUAGCUUAGGCUGAAUUAAUCCUCAGUGAAACUUAGCUUCGUUUAAAACUAGAGGGACCUGGGACCCAGACCACUUCAUUGAGCAGAAGUGGUCUGGGUGCCUAUAGUGGUCUUUUAAUUCAAGUUUUGUAAAGUAUUUCCAUAACCACUAGAAGAGAAACUAUUCUCCUUGUUAUUUUUUUGUAAAUUUUGAAUGGGGACGCCCACAUUACCAAGCAUCUACACUCACUCUUCCACACUUAAUUAGUGUUUUAACUUUUUUUUUUUUUUUACCAUGCAUUAAAUGUUGCAUCUUUUAUGAAUGUUUGUUAUUUCAUGCCUAUCUCUACUGUCUGAUAAAAAACAGAGUAGCAUUCAUUUUUGUUUGGUAGAUGGACAAAACCAGAACUUGACCUCAUUAACCGUUGGGCAUUCCAAGGGGAAAAGGUUAUUCAUGGAAACCCGUCGGGGGUGGACAAUGCUGUGGCAACUUGGGGUAAGUUACAGGCAAGUCACUGCCUACAAUGUUAUAUUGCAAUGCAUUUGAAGCGCUUCUAUUCACAGAAUCUUGUCUAGCUUUUUUCCAGUUUCCUACUGCGUUCUUCACCCUAAGUCUUUACUCAUAGAUGUCACUGUCUUAUUCCCAGUCAGGUGUCUUACAGUCUGUCUUUUGCUUGCCUUCACCUCCACUUUUGUUUGAGACAUUGCUUGUCAUGAUAAACUAGAGUACCAAUGCGCAGAUCUUGAAUCCUAAGAAAUACUCCAAAAGCAGGCUAGCCUUUACUAUCAGUCCUUAGAGUGUCUGGGCUUAAUAGGAGGCCUAAAGAAAGGCAAAAUUGCAGGAACUGUUAUUAAUUGAUAGAAUAUUGAUCUGCAUAUUUGUUAUGCUUUACGAUUUUUUUUACAUUGUCUUUUAUUUAUAUUUAGGUGGUGUACUACGAUAUCAGUCUGGAACAAUAACUCCAUUGGAUAGGUACACAUUUUAUUUUUCUGCUUGGAAUUAAAAUGCACUUCGUAAUUAAUUGGCCCAACCAUCAACACUUAAGAUGUUGGUCUAGAAUUAAGGUAACAAAAAAACAGAUGUAUGUUUUUUGAAUUUUAUAACAUGACAGGAGGCUUUGUAUUUGCUUAAGUCUCUCUUUACUAGAACUCCACAGCAGCACAGAAAAAACAACCAAUCAGAAAAAAGUUAGGUACUAUAAAACUCCCCUCCCCAUACAUCAUUUCCUCUUUCUUUGCUGCUCCGCAGUCACUACAGGUCAGAGUACCACUGCCUCCUGCUUCUAGUGGGUGGCUUUGAAAUUUGAUUAUGAUUUAUAGUUGUAUAUUUAUUUCAUAUUAGGAUUACUGAUUAUUUUGUACAUUUUAUGCUUCCCCUGUUCUCCUUUGGUAUUAUUUACUAAUGUAUUGUGGUGGAUUUUAUGGGGGUUCUUUCUGUAUUGCUGGGAUUUCCCCUUGCCCCACCCACCCCAUCUAUCCCUCCGUCUAAAUCUGUCUUGCUUCCUCCUGGGAUUUCCCCUUCUGCUUUUUUUGCCGCUUUCCACACCCGCGGGCUAUGUGUGCUUCGCUCGGGGUUUCAGGCGGCUAGCCGUUCAGAUGCCUCCUCUUGAUUCCCCGAGCGUCGAUGUGGAUUCCUUGGUAGCUGGGGUACUAGCGGUCAGACGCGAGUACCCAGCGGCGGACCCAUCCGCACUCCUGUCUGCGAGCCGCGUGCAACCGACCGGGUAGAGGAGGGUGCGCUUACACGCUGCCCCUCCUCCGCCCGCGGAGGUCAGAUUGAGAUGAUUUUUUUCCCUCUGGAAAGCAGGCUCUGCAGCACAACGUUUGCAGAUUUGGUUCGCCAAUUAGAUAGAGGGUCUAUAUUAUUCUUAUUAACUACCUAUGCCCCUGGUCCUAUUGUAGACUGUAGUUCUGUUUCUAGUAGAGUUUGGUAAGUUGUAAUUCCCAAGUUCAAUAUAAGAGAUACCUUAAGUUGUCACCACUGGCAUCCAUUCAUACAAUUUCCAUUUGUGCACUACCUUUCUUGUGCAAUGUUGAGGAGGUAUAAUACAGAUUAAAUCUCAAUGCAGGACUGUCUUGCUCUGUUUAAAGAAAGAUUCUAGUGUCUCUAGAUUUAAAGGGACACUAUUAUCACUGGAACAAUGACCACUUCUAUGCCCUACAGCUGGAAUACUACCUUUUGCCUGCUAGGCAUUAAGAGGCUGCCAGUUCCUGUUAAGGUUUGGGCAUGCAAUGUUAUGCUGUCUAAAAGAGUUGUUGUCUUGGGGUCUUGUGUCACACCUUGUACUGAGGAUUUACGGAAAUUUAUGGGACUAUGCCCAAACACAAGGGUCCCCUACUACCGACUUAUACACCAACUUUGAUUGGCCUGCUCGGUCUGUGCCCCUUUGAUUGGCCUGCUCCGUCUUUGCCCCUUUGAUUGGCCUGCUCAGUCUGUGCCCCUUUGAUUGGCCUGCUCAGUCUGUGCCCCCUUGAUUGGCCUGCUCAGUCUGUGCCCCCUUGAUUGGCCUGUUUUGUCUGUGCCCCCUUGAUUGGCCUGCUCGAUCUGUGCCCCUUCAAAAGGCAGGUUUCUACCUGGACUCAAGCCCCCUCUGGCCAUAGGCCUGGGGGAAUAUUACGGGGGAGCCCCUCCUUACUCACUAUGGACACUGAGGUGUGUGUGUCCCUGUAGCAGAGCUACCACACUACAUGGGGUGACACCGGUCAUUUCUACCCCUACAGUUAAGACACCAUCCGCUAUGGACUACUGACCCGGGAGAACCUAGAGACUAUGAUAUAUGUGGCUGAGGCCACCUCUGUUGGAAAAGCUAUGUAACGAGCCUCCCACUACUACCUCAAUAUAGAGACAUGGAGGGACUCCGGGCGCACAAGUAGAGUGAGGCUCUGACUCACCAGAAAAGACCAGAGACAUACACCUAGGUCUUAUGGGAAGGGUGAAGGCCCUGAACCUUGUGCCCUGAGGGGCAAGGCCCUGCUAAACGCCCUGAGCGGACAGCCACGGUUUCACCAGCCCAGCAAAGGCAUAUCUCCUGGGUGCGAGGAAACAUGUACAGUGUCCAGUGCUCGGACACCCUCGUCAGAAGACAGGAUUUCAUUGGCAUUUAACUACUACUCCCUUACCUGCUAGUCCUAUGUCUUUUAUAUCUAGGUGGUUUUGAUCUAGGUCACACUAGUGCUUGACUAUUUCCGCUGGUUUUCCCUAUACUUUGCCUUUCCUGUCCGUUAUAUUUCCGUCCCUCUGAGAUACGUAUUUUUCUCUAUCUGAAGUUUAUCUUAGUUCUGUCACCUUUUCAUUCUUUCAUAUCUUCCGUUGCCUCCCGCCUGGGACGUUGAGAGGCCUGACUUGACCUCCUCCGACCUCCCGGGCUCUCGUGGAUCGCGGAGAACGUCUCCAGCUUUCCUCAGGCUACCGAAGGUCAUCCUGGAUCCCGCGUGUGCGGGAUCCGUGCGGUCCGUUGGUAGAUCCUAUCUUUUUUUUCCAGUGGUUACUUCCUCUCAACAUCCCUUUCUGUUAUUCAAGAUGGGCACAGCCCGAGGGUUGUAUACUACUCCGUCUACCAUCGGUCUGGUUUAUUCCCAGUUGAUCCCACCUCUCAGGUGAGUGAUUCAGAGCAAGGUCUCGUGGUUAGAGAGGAACCCUCCUCAGGAUCUCAGUCCUACACUGAUAUUAUUAAAGGGUGAUCCCCCGCAUUUGGUCACCCUGAGUCUGACAUGGACUCUAGUUUGGAUUGCAAGAGGGUGCGGCCCUCCAUCACCUCGGCCCCAGACUGAUAUUUAUUUACACAAGUAGAGAGCGAACCCCUCUCAUAUACUGAACCAGACACUGCUUCGUUGUUAGAGGGCACGGCCCUUCCUCAACCUCAGUUUGAUACUGAGAUAGAUACAGAAGACAUGUUCUGAUUGUGGCCCACUCUCAUAGAAGGAGCCGGACACGGAUGUAGACACUAUAUUUUGUUAUUAACAGAUACGCCCCGCUCGUGCUAUCAGCCUGAUGCUGACACGGAGUUCGAUUACAUUAUUAGAGAGUGCGGCGCUCUCUCUCAUAAACUCAUCACACUGUGGUGCCUUCCCCUUGUUCAUCACACAGGCUUGUACCUGUACAGGACAACGAGGUCUGCAUAGAGGGGCGUCCCUCCUACAUUCAAUUCAAUAUGGAGGUACGUACCACAUACCGGAUUUACUGCUGAUGCUUCAGCUCUUGUACAAGGGUAUUGUACCUCACCGUUAUGCAGGGGAGACGAUGCUUUAUGGCAACUGGGUAAGGGGAGAGAACCCCUCCAGUUAAUCUAACGUCUGUGCUACUGAUUUCGUUAUAGAGGGCUACCUGAUCGUGCAGGGUAUACAUGUUUAGACUGGAUUUCUCUAUUUCAUCUCCUAUAUGGAUCUACUGGGUCCGUGCCACGGUAUCCCACGCGGGAAAUACUCACUGAGGUAUUACUGGGGGAAAUUCCCCACCUUAUUUACACGCUCCUCUGAGACUUUAUGGGACAGUGUAGGGGUUGUUUGAACUAACCAUCUUGGGUUCAGCUCCCAGGAUAAGUCCCCCUUUUUGUUGGUGACCCUAUACCUCCCUAUUGGAUGUACUCCUGGAGACGGUACGGCUAACGGAUGAGCCUCAGUUAUUACAAGGGUGCAGAUUUUUGGUAUAAUCUACGUUAUAUCAAACAAGCAAUCGCACUCUGUUUAGGUCAUACAGACCAUUGCGUACAAACGGCUCAGAGUGUUUUUUUUCCCAUGUCAAGGUGACAUGAGAUCCUGAAGCCUUCAUAGAGCAAACGUGCACUGCCUUACUCGGGUGACAAGACUGGGGAAGGCCCACAACCUGGGCUGCAGGAACACCGUAUGCAUAGAUCGCAUGGAAAGAACGGAAUCUUCGGUCGACUCUGGGUUCACUGGUCAUUAACAAUCUUGGGAUAGAUGACAGGACUACCUCUACUCCUCGGAGAACAUCUGGAGAACAUGAUUCGGUUAUGGAAGGUCCUCCUUUUAUACACUAAUCCCUCACGGGAACCGUCUUGGUUUUGGUUUCCGCUAACCCACCUAUUCAACUACCAUCAAGGAGGCCUACUUGGACUCUGUUGGGAUACCAUGUGUACCCCGACUCCUACACAGGCGUCAAAAGGUCAGGACGCGACCUACAGCUUUAGUAAUGUUCAGGAUCUGUAGCAGGCUCGGAUAUGACAGCCGCCGUUCUCAAACUGGACUGCCCCUGCUUCAGAUGGUUGGAGCUAGGCUCUUGUUCAUUUGCUAUAUUUGUUCGCUGGAGUCACCUGUCGUUAGUGAAGGGACUUUACGUCCUACCUACGUAUUAGAAGAUGCUUGGAGUUCGCGGGACUCCAGGCUAAGAAGGGAGGUAUUCCUCUAUAGGGAGGUUCUCAAAUUCACAUUCCUGGGUCCCUUGGCCUAGAGCCUACUCUUGGAGAUACGUGCCCGGACAGUCGGGGAUACAGGGUCCUAAAGGUCUCACUAUAUUAUACUCUAUCUUGAAUGUGGCGUGCAGACCAUGAGUUCCCCCACGAACUUUGACAGGUUGGGCAUGGAACAGGAUCAUACAGACGAUUGAUCAGAUUAUUCACUCUCUCCCUAUUCAGUCACCAGUCUAGCGGAGGGAAGUCCUGCUCCAGACCCGCUCACUAGGGCCGAUUCAUUUUUUUUUCGCCAGCUGGCCUACACUUGGACCGCUUUCGAAGCCUUUGCGGUUCACCAUGCGAAUACAGCACGUGAGAACUCUUCUUCGUCUGUGCAGGGCCCUAUUACCCUUGGACACGGGCCAAUUAUCACUCCCCGACGAGGAUAUAUUUGGAUGGAAAUCUCAACCUCUAGUUUCGUUUCCCUCUUUUUGGGUAUAUCCAGGAUUCACAGCUCCCCAGAGUAGUCGAUCACCGUUUCGCUAAACAAGUUCAAUGUUGGGACUCUGAUUGGACGUCCCUUUGGAGUACUUUGUUCUACCACAGUUGCGGGUUACCCAGUCCAUUUGGAGUACUAGAAACACUGUUGCCUGCAUAAUAGAUUCAUUCUCGGACGAGACCACUCACCGGGUAGAUCAUGAGGGAACAAUAAAUCCCUAUUCGGUUCGGUUACGGAAUUGGUGGUAGACUCAGACGCGUUACCUGAGGUUGGAAUUUUACCUACAAGACCACGUCACCGGGUGAUUCUGACAUGAUUGAAGAAACCAUCUUCCACAUCAAAGAUCGAGACCUGGUGGCAGUUUUUCUUGCGAUCCUAUAUCCACGGAUGACCUUAUUUUACACUUACAGGAAAAGGGCUAAUAGGUCUGCUUUGCAGUUCGUAGACGUCUGCUAGGAAACGGCUCGCAACCCCAUGUACAGUGGAUCUAACAGCGGAUGGAGUGUUUGCCGUAUUUUGUGGUACAUCGACUGCUGGCAUCUUCAUCGAUCCGUCUACUGUCAUAUCUCGCAGUUGGUACGUCCAUUUGGGAUUGCUCUAGUUAUCUCCCGGAAUAGGUACCAGUGAAACAAACAGCGUUGAAUUUGUUGGCUGAGCGUUAAAACAGCAAAUACGAAGCCUCCUGUCAUGUUAUAAAAUUGUAGAUUAUGCUAGCUUUAGUGUACCUAUAAUCUUAAUUUUAUUAAAUGACAGGAGGUGAGUAUUUCCCACCCAUUCUUAUCCCUCCCUUGUUUAAUUUUAAUAGUUUGGGUUCAUUAGGUACGUAUGCAACUCUGCUUGUUGUCUCUGCUACCUAUCACUUGUUCUUAUGUCUAUUUUUUCAUAAGUCGGGUUGGGAUCUAUGCAGGUUACAGUAAUUUUGGUUGCUACAUUGGAUACCUACAUGUUUGUUCAGAGUACAUUUCAUUGGCUAACCAAUCUGUUCGAUUCUGUUUUCUCUCGUUUCAGUUUACAGUCUAUCAACGUUACCUGGUGUGGCAGUUCUUGUCGGAUGGUGGACAUUGCUGUAUUCAUUGUAUCUAGGACUUAGUUUCUUCCCCAUUAUAUUUUCUGCCUUUUGUUCUGUUUUGUCGCAGCUUGAAAGAGGAAAUGAUGCAUGGGGAUGGGAGUUUUAUAGUACCUAACUUUAUCAUUGGUUGUUUUUUCUGUGCUGCUGUGGAGUUCUAGUAAAGAGAGACUUAAGCAAAUACUCGCCUCCUGUCAUGUUAUAAAAUUAAGAUUAUAGGUACACUAAGGCUAGCAUAAUCUACAAUUUUCACUUUACCAAGCAAUAUUAAUUGUUCUCUGCACACAGUUGUUUGAAUAUUCAUGAAAAAUCGAGAUUGGAACAAUUCUUGUGUGGUCUAAACUUAUUUUCAUUUUGCUUUGAAUAAAAAAAAAAAGGGACUGUUUUUUAAGUAGUAAGUAAUAUCUGUUUAUGGGGAAUUCUAGCCAACACAAAGCUUUAAAAACUAUGUAUUUCUAAAACUGCUGGGACAUUACAGGGAAUUCUAAAUAAUGAGUAUUCCCUGUAAUGUCCCAGCAGUUGAUUUGGCCCAUAUCAGUGUCUCCGUUCACUGGAACAUAGUAUUUUACCCUGUAUUGGUACAUGUUCUUUAAAUACUUUCACUUUCGAACAGUUUUUGUUCUCUUUGUCAGUCACCUUUUUGUGUACCUGAUGGAUUCCCGGGUCAAGGGCCUGUUGAAAAUGUAAUAUUAUUUUUGUAUAAAACGGUAAAGCUGCUAUAAAAAUUGUAAGCUUUGAUUGCUGCUUAUUAUAAUGAUAUGAUCUGCACUCUUUCAAGGGUUCCCAAGCUGCAGAUUGUACUGACUAAUACUCGGGUUCCACGCAGCACAAAGAUCCUUGUGGCUGGAGUCAAAGACAAGUUGCUGAAGGUCAGUUAACUCUGCAUUCAACUACAAUUUUUUUUCUUUCCAGAUAUUUAUUAGGAGGAAAAGUAGUUUGCAAGUCAUCAUGAAUCAGGCAUAUACAAAAUAAAAAUUUACAAUACAUCAUAGGUAUAGGCACAUAUGAAAGAAUCCUAUACAAGGAAUAAACAUUAUAACAACAUGAAAUACAUCCUUUUUUUAUGUUCCUGGUCAAAUAAAAAUACGUAUAAAAUAUGUGGGAAAGGAAGAAAAAUCUAAACUAAGCAAAUAAAUAGGAAAAUUUAAUUGAACAAUUUAGGGUUUAUGGAAAUAAAAAGAGGAAGAAGGAGUAGUAUAAAUAUGGGUAUAAAUAUGUGUGCCUGUUCCUCUUUAACGUUAGUCCUACUUUCACCCUUGCUCAAGUCUCCACUGGCUCUUGGUGGAACUGCAUUACCCUACAUCAAGCUUUAGGCUGAUAUCUGGGAAUAAAGAAGAAGUACUGUGAAAAAGGCUACAAUCACUGCGUUUGGAUCCUGGUGGAAGACUUUGAAUUGAGUUGAUAGCGAGAAGAAGCUGUGGCUGGUGGAAGUACCCAUUAGGGGUACAGGAAGCUCCAUUAUUCCUUCCCUAAUCUUACCUUACCUUGAACCAUACACUAUCUUUAACUACAAAACAGCAUUAACUCAUAGCCAGUGUUGACCAUUACCUUACCCUAACCCUACUCUUAUCCCUAAAUCAAUAUUAAUCAAUAUUUUAAUAUAUAACAAUGUAGAUAGUGGUAUGUCAAUAGCUGCUUCUCUGUUAAUUCUUUCAGCCAUCACCUCCAACGUUCCCCUGCUACCUCUUGUCUUAAAUCCCCAUGGUAUCCUUUAGAUUGCAAGCUCACGGGCCAUCUAGCCAAGCACUUUGUAUAAAAGAACUCCAGUGGCUAGAUAUCAGCUAACGGGCAAGGCUCUCUCUACCUCUUGUAUUUGUCUGUGUAUAUUGUACGUUUCUCCACUAAUUGUACAGCGCUGCGGAAUCUGUGGGCGCUUUAUAAAUAGCAGUAAUAAAUAAUAAAUAAUGUUGCCACCAUCUAAUGGCUAUUUUUAGAAUUACACAUAGUGUAAUUCUAAAUGAAAUCUGGUUCCCAGCCGAUUAUACAAACAUAGGUGCAGCACCUGUCACAAAUCAGCUGGGGAUAGGCUGGGGAACCCUGCUAGGGUCUAUUCGCACAAUGGAGGGUUCCCUCUGAGCAUGCUAGAGCUUAGAAUGGGGUUUUGCAGCACUGACUUGUGGAUUUAACUGUGCUCACACCACAAUCUCUAUGUAGGCAUUUAAUUAAUGAGCUGCUUCCAGUGCUGCACAGAGCUCACCAGUCAGUCUGGGGCCACUAAAUUGCCCCAUUACACUAAAGGGAUCCCUGGGUAUCCAUUGAUACUGGAAUUUAGUGGUGUGAGCAGGGAUUUACCCUGCUCACACUGCUAUUAUUUAAAAAGCGUAUUUAAAUGCCUAUUUCAAUAGCUGUUUGCAGCGCUGGCUUCCAGUGCUGUUAGCAUGUCGUCGAAAAGUCUAAGAUCAUUAAAAAUGCCCGAGCAGACCAAGAGGAGCCCCAGGUAUACAUUAAUAUCUGGGGCUCCCUAGUGUGAGCAGACCAAACCUGCGGGGUGUUCUGUGGCAUUCCUACAGGUAUUUAAUCCCACUCUGUGUAGGAGAUAGAAAGUGUUUACUCAAGAUCUAUAUUCGUAAAGGUUAACGUGGAAGGAAGUACAGCCAAUGCAAUAAUACAUUUUCAGCAUGGAUUUAGUUUUAAUGCUGCAAUGUCAUUUUUUAAUUUUUCAUAAAUAUAAAAUCAUUACAAAAUUAAUUUAGAAUAUAUUGGUAAAAUAAAGGCUCUGGACAAGGUAAUUUUUUGACAAAAUGUUGCAAAAGCUGGAGUCUGGGGUUGCUGUAUUUCUCAUGCAGAGAGCCAGCCUGCAUUUGGGAUCUGGACUGCCCUUUUAGGUGGGAUCAGUCUGAUAUGCAAAUGGCCCUGGUUCUGUAAUGGCAUAUGGUAUUAUGUAAGGGAAUAUAAGAGAAGUUUCCUCCUACUUGUGUGUAACCUAGUGAAGCCAUGCUUUAAAUUGGAAUAUCUCUGGGGGUGUCAGUCUUGGCAGGAGAGUUCAGAUCCUGCAAAUGUAGGGGUAUUAAUAUGUUUGCAGGAGCUGUAGGGUGAUAUUUUUGUAUUGGAUGAUUGGAAGGUCUGAGUGGUUGAGUAUAAUAUUUUCAGGCGUGAAGGGUUGGAGGUUAAGUAGUGAUGGGUAUCGUGUAUCUUCCUCUUGAAUCUGUCUAUUAGUCCACACCUUCUCAUCUUCAGUACAAGCCAUCUGCCAAUACAUUUUCAGUGGGGUACUUUAAUCCCUUAGUGACCAGACCGUUUUUUAAUUUUCUUACUGUUAAGGACCAGGGCUCUUUUUACAUUUCUGUGGUGUUUGUGUUUAGCUGUUAUUUUCCUCUUACUCGUUUACUGUACCCACAGAUAUUAUAUACUGUUUUUCUCACCAUUAAAUGGUCUUUCUAAAGAUACCAAUAUUUUCAUCAUAUCAUAUAAUUUACUAUAAAAACAAUUAUAAAAUGUAUAAAAAAUGAAAAAAAAACAAUCACACUUUUUUGAAUUUGACCCUGAAAAUCUGUUGCGCAUCUACAACUGCCAAAAAACACCUGUGCUACAUAGUUUCUAAAUUUUCUCCUGAUUUUACAAAUACCCAAUGUUUACAUGUUGUUGUUAGCUUUUUUUUUUGUGUAUGCAAGUUAUAGAGCAAUAAGUACAAGUAGCACUUUGCUAUUUUCAAACCAUUUUUUUUUUUUUUCAAAAUCAGUUACAUUGUAACACUGAUAUCUGUCAGGAAUCCCUGAAUAACCCUUCACAUGCAUAUAUUUUUUUUUUAAAGAAGACAACCUAAGGUAUUAAACUUAGAUUUUUGACUCUUUCCAUGCAACCAUUUUACCACCAAUCUAUGCCAAAUUAAAAAAAUAAUAAUUGGUGAUUUUUUUGAAACACAUAGUAAUUUAAGAAGAAGCAGCAGACACUGUAUCUAGUGAUGUAUUUGAGCAAUUGGCAGGUCAAAAUCCGGGUCGGAGUCAGACAUAGACGCAUCAGACUCUAACGCAAGGAUGGCAUACGCCUCCUCAGCGUUAUACGACCUCUGUGACAUGAUCACAAUCACUUUACUUAGUGAUCAUUCCCCCCCAAAAAACCCAAAAAAAACAGCAAAAUAAGUGCUGCUGUGCAAGAGCCGGUGAUCUAUCCAGUGAUCACAAUUUUGCAAGAGCCGAUGAUCACAAUUUUACAAAUCCCUACUUAAAACUACCUAAAUCUCUCUACCUACAACACAGAUCUCUCUCCCUCACUUACUAUAAUAAAAGUGAAGAGAGGGAGGGAAAUCCAUCCUGAUCAGAGUCAUUAUUUACAAAUAUUGACCAGACGAAUGGGGACCAUAGUUAUAGGGGCAAGCUCUGAUUGGAUGUCCCUAGCCUGCCUCUACGAUAAGGCAGGCUAGGGACACCCCCUGAAGCCCCAUGAAUGCAGCACCAUCUUGGGAGCCACAUGGCUGGGAGAGGUGGUGGGGAGGGUUAGUACAUUUAUUUAAUGUGUAUAUAUAUUUUUUAAUUUUUUUAAUUUUUAUUUUCUUAAUUCUUCACUGAGUGCCUUGACCCCUCGAGGCACUCAGCACAGGAAGAGCAGCAGAAGCCUGCCCGAUGGCUUCUGAUGCUCUGCUUAACUGCCGGGUGCCAAGUGGAGCAACCCGGAAGUGAUCGCUCCUCGGGGAGCGAUCACCCGGCAGUAAGGAGAAGUAUUGCAUGAUGCCUCGACAUCAAGCCAUCGCUGCAAUACUAUCAGAGCGGCUGGAAGCGAUCAUGAUCGCUUACAGCUUCUCAAAUUAGCCGUGGACGUUUCAGGUAUAUCCGCGGUCCUUAAGGACUGGGUUUUUUUUGUCGGGAAGGGGUUAAGCAUUUAAAGGAACACUAUGGUGUAUUCCUGACACUAUAGUUGUAAAAGUGACAUUAUGGUGACCAGAACGGAUCACUGUUAAAUGAGUAAAAGGUAAUUUUACUCACCUUUUUCCCAGCUCCAUGGUGGUCUCAUCGUGGCUGGCAGCACUAACCCAGGAAGAAGAAGCUGUAGUGGCAGUCUAAGUGACUGCCACCAGAGUUGUUCCUUGGUGGAGGGGUUCCUCUGAAAAGGCAGUGUUUGCAUUAAAAAACCUGCAGAUACACAGUUUUGGCCCUUGGAACAACUAUAUUAAGCUGUAGUUGUUCUGGUGACUAUUGUGUCCCUUUAAAUGCUGCCUUCUGCAUAUAGGUAGUGACGGGUUGGUCAGAACAGUUUUAUUUCCAUAGGGACAAAUUUAAAAUUGUUUUUUUUUAAUUAUUCUCUAUUAACCUUUCUUUGUGCACUGGUGUACAGUCAUGAUGGAAUAGAAAAUGGCCUUUCCCAAACUAAUCACACAAAGUUGGAAUUAUAGCAUUGUCUAAAAUGUCUUGGUAUGCUGAAGAAUAAAGAUUUCUCUUCACUGGCAGUAAGGGGCCUAGCCCAACCCCUGAAAAACAGCCCCAUACCAUUAUCCCUCCUUCAUAAUACAGUUGGCACAGUGCAGUCAGGCAGGUAACAUUCUCCUGGCAUCCCCAGCUCACCCAUCAGACUGCCAAAUAGAGAAUUGUGAUUCACUCAGAACACGUUUCCACUGUUCCAGAAUCUAGUGGUGGCAUGCUUUACACACCUCAUUGUAUUUGGUGAUGUGAGAUUGGCAUGGAAGCCCAUUCCAUGAAGUUGCUGUUGUUUCUAAACGCUUCCACUUUCCAAUAAUACCACUUACAGUUGACCAUGGAAUAUCUAGCAGGGAUGACAUUUAGCAAACUGACUUAUUUCAAAGGUGGCAUCCUAUCACACUUGAUUUCACUGAGCUCUUUAGAAUGACCAAUUUCUUCCAUAAAUGUUUGUAAUUGCAGACUGUAUGGCUAGGUGCUUGAUUUUAUACACCUGUUUAAAUGGGUCUGAUUGAAACACCUGAAUUCAAUAAUUAAGGGCUGUGUCCCAAUAUUUCUGUCCAUAUAGUGGAUUCUAUUUGAGAUGAUAAUUGAGUUCAGUUUGUAAUGUAAGCAGUAUUAAAUGUUUAACAAAUGUUCUAAAGGCUCCUAUAUACAUCAUAAAUGUGGGUUAUAAUGAAUGUACAUUAGGAGAACAUCUGCACAAUGUAGAGCCCAUUGUCCUGCCCAACACCAUAUCAUCUACCAACAUUUUUUUGUUCCUGCAGUUUCCAAGUAUCAUGGAACCAGUCCUGGAAUCUAUUGAUGCAGUUUCCCAAGAGUGCCAGCGUGUAUUAGAAGAUAUGGUAACAGAUAUGUCUAUGGAUCAUUACUUUGUGUUAGAGGUAAGUCCUCUCUUGAAGUGGAUUGACCAUCGCUCUUAAUAUUGUAAUACUGAACUUAUGAUGGCAAUAAAAUAUUGAUAAAAUGUUCAGAUUUUUGCUUGUAAGUUAAUAAACAAUGUAUUGCAUAUGAGUGUAUGGCAUUCCUUAGAAACUUGGAAUUGAUCUGCUCAUUUUCAAUCUUAUGUCACUAGUUCUUUCUGUCUGGGCAAAUCAUUCUUGGAAGGGUAAUAAUUGGGAAUAAUUAUCGCUGUUUAGGGAAUCCUCUUGGCUUCCUGGAACAUAAAUGCCUAUAACUUUAAUGUAUAUUAAAACCAUCAUAAAGAUAACCGGUAUGUAUAUUCUUUUGCUACCUGUCACCUUUGUGAUAGUUUAAAUAUAUAUUAAAGUUAUAGGCAUUUCAUUUCCAGUAAGCCAAGAGGAUUUAUUUCCUAAACACCAAUUACAGUAAAACCCAAUUGCAAAAUUUUAAAUAAUUAAGCUAUUACCAGAUGGGAGUUGGAGAAUCUUCUCUUUGAUCCCAAAUUUUCCACUUCUGUUUUCAAUCUAUUAUGAAUUACCAAAUUAUAAUUUAAAAAAAAAUGUAUUUAUUUUAAACUCUCAAGAUAUGUUUGGUACACUUCCAUGUAAAAAACAACAACAUUUUAUUGAAAGAAAAAGAAAAAACACAUUAAAAUCUAUAUGGAGUUCACCUUAUAGGGACACUCCAGGCACCAAAACAACUUUAUUCAAAUUAAGUUAUUGUGCCAGGAGGCCCUGAAGUUACUCUUACCUCAAGGGAUUAAACUGUUCUCAAAUGGUUUAACCCAUAAGUUGCCUGCAGUGGCGAUUCUUUCCAAGCCAGUUUAGUGAAUGGGGAGCCACUGAUUGGCUGAAACUAAAAAUUCAGAAGACGCAUGCCGCCUGAGGGGAUUGGACAUCGCUGCUGAAGGUAACUUUCGAGAAUGGUUUAACCCCGUGAGGUAAGAGUGCCUCCAGGGACCUCCUGGCACCAUGACAACUUCAUUUAGAUGAAGUUAUUUUAGUGCCUGGAGUGCUCUUUUAACCCCUUAGUGUACGUCCGGCAAAAAACUGACGUGCCUGAUAUGUCCGCUCCUCUCUUCCAGAAGCUUUAAUGGUAUUGCAGCGAUGCCUCGAUGUCGAGGCAUCGCUGCAACAUCCCCCCCUACCACCAGGCGAUCACUUCUGGCUUUCCGGGCUUUCGAUGCUGCCUGUACUGAGUCCCUUGAGAAAUAUUUACAUUUUUUUUUUUUUAACCCCUACCCACCCUCCCUCUCCUUCCCCAUGUACUUACCGAUCGCUGCCGCUCCCCCGGCGGCGAUCGGUCUUCCUCUGAGGGGGACUGCCCAGACAGUCCCCCAUGUGCAAUUUAGGACCCCCAGGGGCCAUGUGACCAGUCUAAAAGAUCGGUCACAUGGCAACAAUAGGUGUCCACAGUGCUGCCAGCGCAUAUAUAUAUAUAUAUAUAUAUAUGUAUAUAUAUAUAUAUAUAUAUAUUUUUUUUGUAUUUAUAUAUUAUAAAAAAUAAAUAAUAAUAAAAAUAAAUAAAAAAACAUGUAAAAAUAAUUUAAAAAAAAAAAGAUAUAUAUUCUAAUUGUAUUUUGAUAUUAAUAUAUAUAUAUAUCUAUGUAUAUCCCAUUAAUAACCGUGGACGUACUACUUACUCCUGACAAAAAAACGGUCUUAAGGACCGCGGACGUACCUAGUACGACCUAGUACGACCGCGGCAAAUAGGAGCCCUGGACUAGCGAUCCGCGGCGAUCACGGUCGGGGGGGGCUGCCGGAGACCCCAGCAGUCCCCCUGCAGCAGCUCCUGCCCUCCAGGGCUAUGUGAUCACCAUGAUCACAUUGCCGCAAUAGGAGUCUAGCAGCUGCCAGCAGGGAAACUGUCUGAGCUGUUAGACAGUCCACCAGGCUGCUAAAACUUAAAAAAAAAAUUAUAUAUAUUCUAAUUGUAUUUUGAUAUUAAUAUAUAUAUAUAUCUAUGUAUAUCCCAUUAAUAACCGUGGACGUACUACUUACUCCUGACAAAAAAACGGUCUUAAGGACCGCGGACGUACCUAGUACGACCUAGUACGACCGCGGCAAAUAGGAGCCCUGGACUAGCGAUCCGCGGCGAUCACGGUCGGGGGGGGCUGCCGGAGACCCCAGCAGUCCCCCUGCAGCAGCUCCUGCCCUCCAGGGCUAUGUGAUCACCAUGAUCACAUUGCCGCAAUAGGAGUCUAGCAGCUGCCAGCAGGGAAACUGUCUGAGCUGUUAGACAGUCCACCAGGCUGCUAAAACUUAAAAAAAAAAUUAUAUAUAUAUAUAUAUAUAUAUAUAUAUAUGUAUAUAUGAUUUAAUUAUAAGUACAUAUAUAUACACACACAUCUCAAAAUACACUUAUAAUGAAAUCAUAUAUAUGUGUAAUAUAUUAUAAAAUGCUUUAAUUAUAAUAUAUUAUACAUAUAUAGGAAAUAAAAGUGUGUGUGUGUGUGUGUGUGUGUGUGUAUAUAUACAUAUGAACACACAAAUACGUGUGUGUGUGUGUGUGUGUAUACUACUGGAUUUUUUUGUGUGUGCACGUUUCCAUGUGUAAUGAAAAUCAUACAAAUUCAAGUUCUACAACAUCUACCUGCUGGGCAGCCGGUCUUAAGAAGUGAGAGUGUAAUUGUUUGACUACUUUAUCAACGUAUGGAUUUUUUUUUUUCUUUCAAAAGCAUGUGCUGAUUCAUCUAUUCUUCUAUGUACUAAGGCCUCUAUUUAAUAUUGUUGGAUAUGUUUUCCAAAUGGUUUUAAUAAUUUUAAAUACGUUUUUAAAAAUUUAUUUAAUAUUAUGAAAAAUAUUCGAAUUUUGUAAUAUUUUUUUUUUAUAUUUAUAUAUUGAUAUUUUAUUAUAUAUGCUCUAUUUGUUAUAUUUUAAUAUCUUGAAAAAAAUAAUUUAAAAAGUUAAUUCAAAAAUAUUACAUUAUUUGUAAAAUGUAUCUAAAUAUAUGAAAUAAAGACCAAAAUGUUUAUUGGAAAAGGCGUUUUUCAAAAUAGGAAACUGAUGGUCUUAGAUCAGUAAUAACUUUCAAAUUCCAACUGAGGAGUUUGUGUUGGUAAUACAUGUAGUAUUCUGUGCUAUUAUACAUCUACAGGGUACUUACACAAUUAAAGAUGUAUUGCCCUAGUUUGAGAGAUCAAGGUCCAAAAUAUUUAAUAGUAACAUCAGAGAUCCCUUUUAAUUUUGAAAGCUUUGAUAUUGAAUGGUUUCGUUUUUUAGAAACCCCAUAUGGACGAACAGAAUCAGGGCACAUAGAUCAGUCUUUAGGACUAUCAUUUGGAACACUGAUUUAACAAACUUCUUGACGGUUGUUCUGACUUCAAGUUAGUAUAUAUAAUAUUCCUUUUUCAGGUGAAGUUCCCAGCAAAUAUAAAGAUUCCUUAGCUGAACGUCAGAGAUCUUUUUUUUUGAGGAUGGCUAAACGAAUCAGAAUUUUGUGGCUGAAUGUGCUGCCUGUCAUAAGUCCCCAAAUGUAACGCAUGGCAUACCAAAAUGCAUAUCAUUUGUGUCAAUUUAUGGCAGAUGGCUGCAUGUAUAAUCUUAUCACAUGUGAAUUUUUGUAGUGAAAAAUCACUCAAAGCACUCACUUAAGAGGAAAUGUUUUUGAAUCAGAAUCUGGAUUGAAUUAAACCAAAAGGUUUAAUUGAAACAAAAAACUUUUAUGGUUUCUAAUGACCUUGUUUCUGCUUCCAAAAUGACAAGUCACAUUCUCUUGCUGAUGGCUCUCUGUUUUAAGAUUUUUUUUUUUAUAUUGCCAUAUUAUCCCCCAUAGUACCAUAUUACCUCACAAUUUUAGAAAAUAGGACUGUAAUCAUUUUCUGGAGGCUUUUGUUUUUGCCUUGAAUUUUAUAAGAAGGCAUACUUCUGUUUCCACAUGUUUUCAUAUAAUAAUUUUUGUUUUUUCCCCCCAGGAAUUGAUUGACAUCAAUCAACACCACUUAAAUGUAAUAGGGGUCGGUCACCCAUCAUUAGACAAGUUGUGUCAGGUGACUGCAUCACAUGGUCUGCACAGUAAAUUGACUGGCUCUGGAGGUGGAGGCUGUGCAAUAACUUUACUGCGACCUGGUAAUAGCACUUCACGUUAUUAUUAAUACAAGUUUGAAAUAAUGGCUGAAUUUGCUCCUUCAUCUAUUUUUUUAUUUUUUUUAAUUUUUUUUUACAUCUGGUUACAUUGUCCUAAAAUAUAAUAUAGUCUUUUGUGAGCAACCCAGUCUGUGCUAGAAGUGUAAAUGCCGUGGGGGGGUGGGGCCUGACUAUCAUGGCGCCUAGAUACGUUUCAAGAGAGCUCCUCAAGAAACACUGCACACAGUUGAUUUAUCGGCUAAUCUAGCUAUGAUUCCGAAACUUGCUAUAUACCUUCUGCUACAGAAGUCAACUGACCGAUUUGGGAAAGCCUUCAGCGGUCUCCAGUGCCCAUCCAGAAGCCGACUUGCGCGGGAGAGGUGGCCGACCUCCCGGCCUGACGCAGGCAGGGCUCAGAAUCCUGUAGUGAUGCCCUACUACCCCCCAUUUGGACCAGUGUGGGUUAUCCCAGUCUCCACCCUAGAGGCACACAAGUCCCAUCAAGGAACCGUGAUAGAGCUUCUGAAUCAAACAGCAUUGAGGGUGACACACCUUAAAUGGCUGACACCACGUGCACCUUGGAUAUCAACAGAGGGACGCACACUAUUCUUCACUGCCUAGAAGCAGUGUUUGAAGCCUACUGACGGAGGCUGAGAAGGAAGCAGUCACUACCUGUCUCUGAGGUGAAUGAGGCACCACCUGGACCACCUCGAAGAGCCCCAUGCCACUCAGAAGCCGUUAUCAGGGGCCCAGUGUGCUAAAGACGGCGAAGAUCCCAUUGAUAUGCCCAGAGGCAAGCACUGAGCAGCAACGUAUAACUGCUGCUUACCAUCAAGACAGGCAUGUGGAAUAUGCGGAGGGAAGACAAGUGGAGAGAGAAGCAACUGCAGAAGCUGGACCCCAAGCUGAUACCUCUAGCUUCAGGCCUGCAGCUCACCGCUAAGUAGGCCUGUAUUAUACCUACAAUGGGGAUAGGAUGAACGCCACGACGAGCCUCCUGUUCUGUGUAUCAUCACAGUGUGCCGUUUCCCAUUAUAACAUGCCCGUAAUGUUUAUCAGUUUGAUUGCAUCUAGUUACUUUUAUUUUUAAUAUUCCAUAUUGGCAAACCUCAGAUUGCUGUAUCUUAUGGCUUCAACCUAACUUGGAUGUCCAUAAUAUGUUGUCUUAGGAGGCGGUACGCCCUCAUGUAUAGGCAAGUUAAUUGUCAAAUACAAUUGUAGAUUAUGCUAGCUUUAGUGUACCUAUAAUAGAAUGUGACGGCAGAUAAGAACCAUUUGGCCCAUCUAGUCUGCCCAAUUUUCUAAAUACUUUCAUUAGUCCCUGGCCUUAUCUUAUAGUUAGGAUAGCCUUAUGCCUAUCCCACGCAUGCUUAAACUCCUUUACUGUGUUAACCUCUACCACUUCAGCUGGAAGGCUAUUCAUGCAUCCACUACCCUCUCAGUAAAGUAAUACUUCCUGAUAUUAUUUUUAAACCUUUGUCCCUCUAAUUUAAGACUAUGUCCUCUUGUUGUGGUAGUGUUUCUUCUUUUAAAUAUAUUUUCUUCUUUUAAAUAUAUAAUCUUAAUUUUAUUAAUAACAGGAGGCGAAUAUUUGCUUAAGUCUCUCUUUACUAGAACUCCACAGCAGCAAAAAAACUCAGAGAGUAACAACCAAUCAGAAAAAAGUAAGGAGACCAUAUAACUCUCUUCUCAACAUUCCAUUUCCUCUUUCAAGAUGCGAUAACAACACAGACAGAAAAAACAUAACAUAACAAUAACAGUCCAUCUCCAACAGAAAUAACGACUCUCUUAGGAUUCUUCAAACGAAAUGAAGACCUGAACGUGAUCCCAUCCUGGGAACUUUACACUGAAACAAGAUAAACAAAAUCGAAAAUUGUGAUUAGCCAAUGAAAUGUACGUAUAAAAACAUGUAGCCACCCAGCGCAAUUUUAUAGAGAACAUCAUCAAGUCUACCGAUCCCCGCCCUAGGCAAUAAUGAAAAAAUACAUAUGGUAAAUAAUCACAAGGAAUACUGACCAGAGAUAUAACUCGUUAUUAAUACUCAACAUACAAGAUAAAAAUACAAGGGUCGGGAACAAAAAGGGUGGGAAAUAUUCGCCUCCUGCCAUUAAUAAAAUUAAGAUUAUAGGUACACUAAAGCUAGCAUAAUCUACAAUUUUAUAACAUGACAGGAGGCUUCAUAUUUGCUGUUUCAACGCUCAGCCAGUAGGGCAAACAAUGCAUGUUCCGUCGGUCUGAAGUAAAACUGUCGGAAGGUGUCCUCCCGAGACCAGUCUGCUGAACGUAGAAUGUCGGACAGGGAAGCACCUGCUACUAGGGCUCCUGACGUCGCCGCGCCCCUAACCGAAUGAGCACCAAAUUAGGACUCCACGCCGGCCAACAACAAUAGCCAUCUGAUCCAGCGAGCCAAAACCGGUUUAUGUGGUCGUACAUAAGAUAUCAACAGUUGUCCUGAUUGGAAACUUCUAAGCAGGGUAGUAACUGUCAAAUAGCGAGACAGGGUAGAAACCACACAGAGCUUAGGAGCCUCUCGAAAAAAUGGGUAGAAAAUGGCAGUGGAGUCUGACUUGGUACGUCUCGACACCGAAAAGGUCACCCCGUGCGGGAUAAAGGUGAACGCACCUUAACUUCAAAAGCCCGAACAUAGGAGACGAUACCAGGCACAACAGAAGCGUAAAUUUAGCUGACAAUUGUCGUAGAGAAAGGUCCUGAUUCUCUGGCCAUGAAUGAAUGAAAUCCAAAACCCGGUGUACGUCCCAGAACGAUGUAUAUUUAUAUAUAAUCUACAAACCAAAGGGUCUUGUCCAAUGGCCGUCCCCUGCAGAGGGACAUGAGCCGCUGAAAUGGCCGACCUGGCAACGUUAACUGAACGAUACAACUUCCCUUAAUCGAAGAGGUGAGAAAGGAAAUUCAGUACGCUGGAUAUAGGUGCUGUAAAGGGAUCGAUAUUCCGUUCCACGCACCAACGACACCAGACGUUCCAGGCGGACAGAUAACAUCUCCUCGUUCCUGGGGCCCAUGUGUCCCAGAGGAGAUUUCUAGCUGAUCCCAAUAGCUCAUCGACAUUCCAGGUACCCCGGAAAGAGUCCAAGCCACCAAGUGGAGGUGGCCUUCAAGUACGAGGGGGUGAUUGUUGCCUCGUGGAUCCGACAGGAGUAUUUGUGGAGACGGAAGAAGCGGGUCCCAACAUGAUAGCUCCAGCAAUUCUGGGAACUAGGCUUGGCCCUGCCAAAGAGACGUCAUCAACAACACCAACGAUACCUGUUGUCGCCGUAACUGGAGUAGGACCCUGGAGAUCAUAGUGAACGGUGGAAAUGCAUAGGCUCCGUGCGAUGGCCAGUCCUGAAGGAAAGCAUCCACUGCUGCGCAUGUUGGAUCAGGAAGCCAGCUGAAGUAAUUUGGGAUCUGGAAGUUUGUCCUGGAGGCGAACAGAUCCACUGUGAAUGGGCCCCUUUGUCGCGCCACUUUGAGGAAAACUGGUCGAUGCAGCCGCCAAUCGCUGGCAUCCCUCCAGUGUCUGGAGAACCAGUCUGCCGUCAGGUUCGAAACUCCUGAGAGAUACUCUGCCUGGAGAGUGAUAUUGCGCUGAAGGCAAAAGUUGUAAAUCUCCUUUGUGACUUCCGUCAGUGUCCGUGAGGCCCACCCCCUCCCCCCCAGGCGGUUGAUGUACUGCACCGCCGAUAUAUUGUCCAUUCUCAGCAGAAUGCAGCAAUCUGAUAGAUGACCCGCAAGGCUGCGUAUAGCGAAUGAGCCUGCAAUCAUUUCCAGGCAGUUGAUGUGAUAUCCUGCUUCCGUGUUUGACCAGGGGCCUCCCGUGGAGACGGCUGUGCAGGUUGCACCCCAGCCCCAUAGGCUCUCAUCCGACUCCAGGACAAAGUCCGGGGUCGGUCCAAAGAUCGCCUUGCCGUUCCAAGCUGACAUGUGUAACCGCCACCAGCGAAGUUCGGUCUUGACUUCCUGCAUGACGGGAAUCAGCUGGUCGUACGAACUGAUUCCUGAUGGAGCGCAGGCAUGCCGUUACCGGCUUUAACAGUUUGGUUAAACACCAUGGUGCCGAGCUGAGGCCGAAUGGGAGGCAGGUGAAUUGGCAUGGCCUCCCUUUCCAAACGAAGCGUAGAAAUCGUCGGCAACCGUAUUCCACCGGAACGGAUAGAUAUGCGUCCUUUAGGUCAAGGCGAGUGAACCAAUCUCCUGGGCGCAGUAAGUCUCUCAGAAGAUGGAUGCCCUCCAUCUUGAAGUGUUGAUAGGAAAUUAAGGCGUUCAGGUUUCUCAGGUUUAUAACCGGAGGAAAAUCUCCCGUUUUCUUCCUGACUAGAAAAAUGGAACUGUUGUGAGGCAGUGUCACCAGCGUCCUGUUGGUACACCAAUUCCUCCGAUUCUUCUCCACCCCACCCGCCUUCAUCCUCCGAGGGGGACUGAUCCGCCUACAGCGUGGGCACAGUGGAUCCCAGUAUAAAAUUCUCCCCAGAAAAUAUCCUAGGCCAGCGACCCUAAGAAUUUAGGCACGGGCAAGCGCCGGCUCAUCAAUAGGUCACUGUCAGGGCAGGGCAGGCCAGCCAAUGGGCACAGACAGAGUCGGUCAGUUAAAGGGCACAGACAGAGCAGGCCAAUUUUAUGGGCACUGACAAAGCAGGCCAGUCAUAGGGGCACAGACACAGCAGGCCAGUCAUAGGGGCACAGACACAGCAGGCCAGUCAUAGGGGCACUGACAUAGCAGGCCAGGCAUAGGGGCACUGACAGAGCAGGCCAAGGCAUGUGGCACAGAUAAGGCAGGCCAGGUCACGUACGAGUGGUGUAAAAACAGUAAAAGGGAUACUGAUACUGGAGUGUUUCUAUUUAACCAGCAGGAGAUCCUGGCAGACCCCUGUAAAAAUCUAAUGUAGGUCACAGAUAGUAUAAUGGGAACACAAUGAAAUUCCCCUAAGGCAUAGAAAAGCAGAAGAAUUGAUUCAGCAAUGAAUAACCCUCAGCACUAAUAACCCCAGUAUGUAUAUGUAUUUGUAUGUGUGUAUAUAUAUAUAAUGUGUGUGUUAAGCAGACAGUAUCCACCAGCCACUGUAAAAAUUGCUAAAAGUACAACACUAGUAGCCUCACAGAGUGUGGGGUUAAAUGCAGGAAAGAAAGGGGUGUUCCCAGACUGCCAGGGUACAGUUAGGCCCCAGACCGCGGUCUUUAGUAAUUGCGGACCUCCUGCAGGACCGCAUACCACGUGCGAGUAGUCACUAAUCUAACGGGCGGGGGAGGGGGCGUGCGUGUAGCGCUCCCUUCUCCACCCGGCGGACACACGCGGUCCGCGGAUGGAGCUGGCCGCGACUGGCGGCCACGUUGGGAAGCUCCGGUCGGCGGGUAAUGCGCUUGAUCGCGAGCACCCUGUGACCGGAGGAGCAGAUAUACACGGGACCGCUGGAGACGUACUCCGCUUUCCCGGAGCUCGGGGGGAUCGGAGGAAGCAGCAACAGGCCAGCCUACAGAUACCCCCGAGCGGCACAAUACCCAUGUGAAGGAAAAACGGGUGAGAAGGAGAGGGGACAGUUAAGGGGAAAACGAGCCCCAGAGAAGAGAGUAGAAAAAAGGGAAACAACUCCCCACUAUCCCAGAGGGAAAGAGAAGGCACAUAGCCUACACCAUAAAACCAAAACAGUCCCCAAAGAAUAAUUAAGGAUAAUAAAAUGACAAACAAUUAUACAGUAAAAUAUUUAUAAUCCCAAAGCCACCCACUAAUAAUAGCAGGAGGCAGUGGUACUCUGACCUGUACUGAUGCGGAGCAGCAAAGAAAGAGGAAAUGGAAUGUUGAGAAGGGAGUUAUAUGGUCCCCUUACUGUUUUCUGAUUGGUUGUUACUCUCUGAGUUUUUUUGCUGCUGUGGAGUUCUAGUAAAGAGAGACUUAAGCAAAUUUGAAGCCUCCUGUCAUGUUAUAAAAUUGGCAUGCUAACUAAUAUACACUAUUUGUAAGUAAUAUGUUAAUUAGCAUGUUAACUAGUAGACACUACUUUUAAGCAAUAUGCCUACUUGGAUGUCCAUAUUAUAUUAUGUUGGGGCCUUCGGGGGUGGUACAACUUGCUGUUUAGGCAAGUUAAUAGUCAGUCUGAUACGUUAACAUGUCCACUAUUAUACACUACUGGAAAGCAAUAUAUCUACUUAGCCUCUUGUGAAGCAAAUUAACAAAGCAUGUUAGAAGCAACUUGGCAUAUCGACUACCAUGUUCAUGUGCAGCUAGCCUUCAUUAUCUUCGUAAUUCAUCGUCGCUAUACACUAAGUCUAGGCUACCAACGGUACACAAAUCCAUUGCCUAAUAGUUAGACCUAAUUGCCUAGCCUGUUUGUUUGUUAUUAUUUUUAUUAAAAUGUGCAACUCCUUUCUGCCAUGCCAAUGUAACACCGUGUAUGCUAUAUAAACGUCUGUGCUGUCAUGGCAUCGCAAGCAUGUUUGUAAUUAAUUGCACUGCUAAAAUAAAGAAUGUUAGAGGGAAAAAAAUAUAAAAAGAAAAAAAAGUAAAACCCAAAUACCUUGUAUGACACAUACAUGAAGGCAAAACCACUGACCUCUACUCUUGUGCAGAACACUUACAUGCUUUAACCAAACCUUUCUUCUCUUUCAGAUGUGGAUCCCACUGUGGUGAAAGCAGCCAAGCAAGAGCUCACAGAUUGUGGAUUCAUGUGCUGGGAAACCAUUAUUGGGGGGCUUGGGGUUUCAGCACAUUCACCAUCUUCUCUGACAGACAGUGUUUUAGAAGCUUUAAAAAGUAAUUAAAUGUAAUAUUGGAACAUUAUUAAAAGAGCAUAUGUCCUCAUUGUCUCUUCAUGGUGGUCUGAGAAGAAUGAACAUCUUAUGAUAUUGUAUUUUUGCAUUUAUAGUUACCUGUUAUCGUUAAGAUGACUAGCUGGGGCUUUUUUUAAAGAACUCAGUCGAUCAUUUUUGACAUGGACUAGAUCUUUGAAACCUAAAAUUAGCUCAAUAAGUAACUCUUCGAUUGUCAUGUAAUGUAUUUUAAAAUAAAUUCUGCAAAACACCUAAUUCCGUUCUUCAAGUGUCCGAAGGGUCUCCAUUGCUGCUCAAGUAUACCAUUCAUUUUUGAGCACAUACCUGGGUCAUUUUCAUUAUGGUGUGCCUUAAAAAAGGAGACCUAGUGGAAAUUGCCUAGGGAUCUAAUUGUAGUUCUAAACCAGAUCUGGCUUAAACUCCCAUGAUGCUCUCCAAGCCUCAAAAUGAGAAUCUACAUUAUCGGCCAUGUCUCGUCCAGAAUACUGAGUUAUGAGCAACUGCUGUGCAAGUGGUGAAACCUGUAAGAAAAGCUUCCAUAGACACUACUAUCAUUUGCUAUACACGUCUCCAUGAUAGAUAAUGGAGAUAAUGGUAAAUGCUGGCUGCUGCUGCUAUGUAUUAUUACUGCUGCUGGUUUAUACAGCUAUUAAACUGUACAGAGUGCUAUAACAGGUAUUGUAGCCCUGUACAAAUAAGUACAAUGUAAACCAUUUUUAUUUAUUGAGCAUUUGUUACAUGUACCCAAAUGACAGAAUUUAUUUUAGAUUACCUACAUUUGUUUUUAAUUUCUGCUAACUACAAUCUGUGCGUAUUAGAAGAAAGUUAAACACUUCCUGUUGUGUAAAACAAUGAAAGCUAUAUAAAAUGUUAUUAACAAUUUAACAAAGAACCAUCUUCACAUUUAACUCUGCUGCUUUUACCACUUUCCGAGUCAUGGAUAUUAGGACUGUUACAACAAAAGGAGGAUUUGUUUAAAUACUUGGUUCUGAGUGGGAAAUUGUGUGCCAGAUAAUAUAUGCUGUCAGAGAUGGUAACAUUUCCUUUUACUGCACCCACAUACAUUUUUCAGGCAGGUUAAUGAUGUCCUGCAUUGAUUUUAUUAAAAUAUCUUAAAACCAC